CUGCCAGUCACAUUAUUUAGGUACUUUUUCACAAUCCAAUGACUGGUGGCACAUCUGGACCCAGUGUGCUGCUCAAGGACAUUUGGACUUGUGGUCUGGGACGAUGGAAUCGAACUGACAACUUCCCAGAUAGCAAACCACUGUACUUUUUUCUUGCAUUAACGAGUGUCCUUAUUUUCCAAAAUGAGCAUAAAAGAUAAAUAUUUGCUUGACCUUUACACGCUCUAACAAGUUUGUUUGGCUUCAGUCAAGGGCAUUGUGCAGGUCAUUCAUACAAGUGUAAUUAUGCCAUUUACAACUAAUCUCGCCAAAAACAUCACAUAGGAGAUUAAUCAUUAAUAGCUGUGAUAUGAUAAAACCAGGAAAGAACUUCAAAUGGGAUUUGAAAGUAAUUUAUUUUUAUUUUAUGCGUUUAAUGUUUGGGGUGGAAGGGAAGAAAAAUCUGUAGAAAAGUUUUCUGUGAAUUGUUUUUAAAUCAAAUAUCUGGCUUUAAGUCCUAAAGAAUUUCUUGGCUGACCUCUUCAAUGUGAAACCGUUCAUGUCAGGUUUAAUAUUUCCUGUAAUGAGUCUUGUUUGACUUUUCACUGAACAAGUGAACAUCUUAUUUGGCCUGAGGCUCUUCCUGCUACGUUGAGGUCACUUUUAAACCCAGCCCUCGUAAUAAAGCCUUCCUCCUUUUAACUGCAACUCCAUAAUCAACUUCAUUGACUAGCUGCCACCUGUGCAUGAGGGAAAUACGUCUGACUCGCCAAUAUCGUUUAGAAAUUUUCUGAGAUUUCUGUGACAUUUGUUUUAAUGGAGCGUCCAACUGCUAAUGACAAUGUUAACUUGUCUGCAUACAGACCUAGCCUUCCACUGUCGGUACUUAAUGGCAAAACAUCGUCUGAGGGGUUUGAUGAGUCGGAUUAUUAUCAGUGUUACGGUGAUGGCAAUAGCAUGACAUCCCGUCCAUCUAUUGCUCUGAGUGCUUACGAGACUCUAGAUGCACCACCACAGUAUGAUUUCUACGCCAACAGCCAGGCGUGGGGUCGGAAAAGACGCUUCAGGCCAUCUCUGCAUCAACUGCAUGGUAAUUCCGAGGAUGACUCCAGACCUCCCAUGUAUGAGGAGAGAGAAGGAGACGCGUCUGAAGAUGAGGACGAGGAAAAGGAGCCCCCACCCGAACCCACCCGCUUUGGUUGGGUGCAGGGAGUCAUGAUUCGCUGCAUGUUAAACAUAUGGGGGGUGAUCUUGUACCUGCGACUGCCUUGGAUCACGGCUCAGGCUGGUAUCGGUAUGACCUGGGUCAUCAUUUUGCUGUCAUCUACUAUAACUGGGAUCACUGGUCUCUCCACUUCAGCCAUAGCCACCAACGGAAAAGUCAAAGGAGGCGGUACCUACUUCCUGAUAAGCCGCAGCCUCGGUCCAGAGCUGGGCGGCUCUAUUGGCUUGAUCUUUGCUUUUGCCAAUGCUGUGGCUGUGGCAAUGCACACAGUGGGCUUUGCUGAGACGGUCACGGACCUCAUGAGGGAACAUGAAGCUGUCAUGGUGGACCGAACGAAUGACAUCCGCAUCAUUGGGAUCAUCACUGUAACAUGUCUGCUUGGUAUUUCAAUGGCUGGCAUGGCGUGGGAGUCAAAGGCCCAGAUUUUGUUCUUCCUUGUCAUAAUGGUGUCAUUUGCCAGUUACAUCGUUGGGACCAUCAUGCCUGCUUCUGUGGAGAAACAAGCCAAAGGAUUCUUUAGCUACAAAGCUGAUAUUUUUGCUGCCAAUUUCGUACCCGACUGGCGGGGUCCGGAGGGCAGUUUCUUUGGCAUGUUCUCCAUUUUCUUCCCAUCUGCUACGGGCAUCCUGGCAGGAGCCAACAUCUCUGGAGAUCUGAAGAAUCCAACAGUAGCUAUUCCUCGAGGGACACUGAUGGCGAUUUUCUGGACUACUUUUUCCUACCUUGUCAUCUCUGCAACCGUUGGAUCUUGUGUGGUCCGGGAUGCCUCUGGCUCUCUGAAUGAUACUUUGUCCCCUUCAACACCCAUCGACGACUGCGUAGGUUUACCAUGUCAGCAUGGAUGGGAUUUCACCGAGUGCAUUAACAAUAAGACCUGCACCUACGGCAUUAGUAACUACUAUCAGUCGCUAAGCAUGGUGUCGGCCUUCGGCCCUCUCAUCACUGCUGGCAUAUUCGGAGCAACUCUGUCCUCAGCUUUGGCCUGCCUGGUGUCUGCUCCCAAGGUGUUUCAGUGUCUCUGCAAGGACCAUCUUUAUCCUCUCAUUGGUUUCUUCGGCAAAGGAUAUGGCAAAAACCAUGAGCCACUCAGAGCCUACCUGUUGACGUACAUCAUAGCUGCCUGUUUUAUUAUCAUUGCCGAGUUGAAUGCCAUCGCUCCAAUCAUCUCCAAUUUCUACCUCUGCUCCUACGCUUUGAUCAAUUUCAGCUGCUUCCAUGCUUCAAUCACCAAUUCACCAGGUUGGCGUCCAUCCUUCAGAUUCUACAGUAAGUGGCUGUCGCUGCUAUGUGCUGUGAUUUGUGUGGUGAUCAUGUUCCUGCUGACCUGGUGGGCGGCUCUUAUUGCAAUUGGAGUUGUCUUUUUCCUCUUGGGAUACACACUGUACAAAAAGCCAGAUGUGAACUGGGGCUCGUCACUCCAAGCAAGCUCCUACAACAUGGCGUUGAACCAUUGUGUGGGUCUGAACGUCGUGGAGGACCACGUCAAGAACUACAGACCCCAGUGUUUGGUGCUCACUGGUCCUCCCAGCAGUCGUCCAGCUCUCUUGGAUCUCGUCAACUGUUUCACAAAGGACCUCAGUCUGAUGAUGUGUGGAAAUGUGGUCACUGCCGAUUCUUCCCCAUCAGCUGUAGAAAAGGCGAGCAGUAACAGCCAUAUCUCCUGGUUGAACCAAAGGAAGAUAAAGUCAUUUUAUAGGGGAGUUGUGGCUCCGGAUCUGCGUUGUGGGGUUAACAUGUUACUUCAGGGGGCAGGAUUGGGUCGAAUAAAGCCAAACGUUUUGCUGAUGGGUUUCAAGAAAGACUGGCGCUCCGAGCCAUCUAUUGCAAACAACUACAUAAAUAUCCUGCAUGAUGCCUUCGACCUGCAAUAUGGAGUGUGUGUGCUGAGGAUGAAAGAGGGCUUGGAUGUCUCCAGUCCACCUCAGUCGCAUGUUAAUCAGGGUUUCGAUGAGGGACAGGACAGCAUUAACACCAUCUCUCCCGGCUCCCUUAUUCGAACGAGCACAACAUCUUCUGUAUCUGUUGAUCUUGAGCCGCAGCACACCACCGUGUUCCAGAAAAAACAAGGGAAGAAGACCAUUGAUAUUUACUGGCUGUCUGAUGACGGAGGUCUGACGCUGCUGCUGCCAUACCUGCUGACUCGCAGGAAGCGCUGGGCCAGGUGUAAGGUCCGAAUUUUUGUCGGAGCGGAAACAGACAAAAAGGACGAGCAGAAAGAGGAGGUUUUGUCUCUCAUCAAGAAGUUCCGUCUCGGUUUCCAAGACGUUGAAGUGAUUCCAGACAUCUACCAAAAUCCUCAGCCUGUCAAUGUUCAUCAUUUCGAGAACAUGAUUGGUCGCUUUAGGGUGGACUCAAAUCCUAAACAGGACUCUGAUUCUGACCCUCCAAGGCAGCAGGAAAAACCUUGGAUGAUCACUAACCAGGAUUUGGAGAGGAACAUGGCUAAGUCCCUCCGUCAGAUUCGUCUGAAUGAGGUGCUGCUAGAUUACUCCAGAGAUGCAGCUCUGAUUGUGAUCACCAUGCCAGUGGGGAGGCGAGGCAGCUGUCCCAGUUCUCUGUACCUGGCUUGGCUCGACAUCUUGUCCCGGGAUCUCAGAGCUCCAGUCCUGAUGGUCAGAGGAAACCAGGAGAGCGUUCUUACUUUCUACUGCCAAUAAAUUUUUCCAGUAAUUAUGUUGUUGUUAAAAGGAAAUGAUGUAACACUGUAGGGCCUUGAAAACUGAAAAACCUGAGAUAUUUUAAUGUAAAUUUUGUGCAAUUGAAACCAACAUGACAAUAUAAAUGUUUAAAAAGUAACUCACAUGCACACAAAAAUAAUUUCUCUUUUUUUUAAGGAUUUAUAUUCAUUUUUCCUCCAUUGAUUUUUAAUACAAUCAAAAGAUAUUCAAAAAGUGUGGCAGAUCUGCCACACUUUUUAACACCUUUUCUGAAUUAUUCUAAAUUUGGGUUGGUAGUAAAAAAUGAGUGAUUUGCUUCCAAAACUUAAUUAUGUAAUUUAUUAAAACAUAAUAGCAUUAUAAUACAAUAAAAUGACAAUCUAAAUCAAGGUUCAUUUCUAUAUCAAUGCCUAAUUUAAUAGGCUUUAUAUUUGUAAUUGUUUCACACUGUCAGUCAAAUUCUUACAUAUUUUCUCUAAACAACAAAGUAGUGCAUAACCGUGAAGUGGAAGGAAAUGAUUCUGGGUUUUCAUAAUUUUUCUAAAUAAAAAUCUGAAAAUUGUGAGAGUCUGGCAAAUCACAAACAGAACCUGUUGAUCUUCUGCCAUUAAACUUUGCAUUAUCAAGAUUUGGUUAUUAGAAAUUAAUAACCCAAUUAAGCUGUUGAUUUAUGUUGUGGCAUGUUUAUUGGUACGCUGCUACUGUAGUUAAUUCUGAGGGCGGGAUCAGAGAAAUCAACUAUUUUCAUUAAAUAGCUUUUAAUAAAUCAAAAUCUCCUGAAAUUUCCUUUAUAAUUCUGACAUGUUAAGAACAUUAAUAAUGACUGUUUUUUCUUGUUUUCAUUCAAACAAUUCAAUCAGCUUCGAUUGUGGAAUGUAUUAAUGUAUUUCUGGAGUUUUAUUCCUUUAAUUUUCAAUCAUGAAAAACCCAUGUUUUAUGUUCACAUAUGAAACAUUGGAAAUAAAAGAAAUGUGAAAUUGCUUUUUU